CGCAGGCAAAAUUGUUUUGUUAUUGUUAAAACUGUGAGAAAAUAGUCAAACGGGAUGAAUAAAGGCAAUAGGAGCCCUAGAAAUAGCAGCCAAAUGGACCAAAACUCGUUGGGCAUAUUGAGCAUGGAGAAUCUGAAAGUGUUUGGUGACUUGUCCAGCUUCAGCAAGAGCGGGAACGGAAGCGGCAUGGGUCUCAGGGAGGCCUCCAAUGUGCACGAACGUCUGCGGGCAGAGCGCCUGCGAGCCAUGGAGACACUAGAAAAGUCGCGCCCGCGCUCCAGUCAGGCAAAGCCAUCAAUAAGGGGCCGGCAGAGCGUCCCGACCAACAACAGCACAAACAUCUCGGAGCUGGUCACCGAUGAAACAAUCGAUCUAAACAGCAGUGGCUCAUUUGCCGCUCCCACGCCAGCCCAGAAGCGCGCAAACAUUUCCUUCGAGCCAGCCGAGAUCACCGGCCGCUCGACGCUGUGCCGCAGCGACAAGAGCAGAAAAGGGGUUUCGGUGGCCGACAUAAUAAAAACAUCGUUUGUGGAAAAGGCCCGUCAGCUAGAGAAGAAGCUGCACAAUGCUAGCCAGGCGAAUCCAGGCUCCACUUCGAAUGUGAGCAGUCUGACGGAGUCUUCCUGCAACUGCUCGCACAGCCUGCCGCGUACCGCUGACUUGAGCAACUUAAGUCUGAACGGCGGCGGAGGCUUCUCCUUCGGCUCGGCAUCUGCGGCAGCUAACCAAGACAUGGAUGAGAGCUUUGCACCAGCCGAGCUGAUGCAGUCCAAAUUGGUUCUGGGCGAGAUAUCCUGGGCCCAGGAGUUCACUGCCAUGCCCACGGCAACGCUGAGUAACCAGGCAAUGCAGAAGAUUGCAGCCCCACCACCCUCGUCCGACAUAGAGACAUCCGUUUCAAACUCUGUUUUGGCUGGGGAUCCGGACUUCUCCUUGGGCCACUAUUUCCAGACACGCUCGGAGAAUAUCUGGAACAUUGUGAGCAACAAGCGUCCCGACAGACUGUCCCGUUCAGGUCAGGCCGUGCUCGAAGACAUCCCCCAAACUCCCGGCUCUGUCGGAGCAAAGACUCCGCAGCCCGAUAACAAAACCUACACCAAGACAGAGGCCAAUUUUGGGUCGAAAUUAGGCCAAAAUCUCAUGAAGAAAAUGCAAAAUGCGAAAAAAAAAUUUCAGAGUGCCGUACUGUCAGAAAGCGGUACUGAACCCGCGCGGCCUCCCUCAAACUCAGAGAUAUUAAGUCUCUCGGCUAUAGACAAGGCUUUGAGAGAUCUGGACUUUAACUCGGACACCUCCACUGUAGAGGUGGUCGACAGAUUGCGGAAGCAUGGCCGUGGUCAGGGUCGGGGUCAGCUGUACGCAGAUGAGGAUAAGGAAAACGACAGCUUCAAUGCGGAGCGAACACUGUGUGAAUCGCACAAGCAUGCGGAGACCAUGAGCUUCACAGACUCCAUUCUGAACUCCACCGAUUUUAAGCAUCUGCAGCAAAGUGUGUCGCGGAAACCCCUUAGUCCGCUGGCGGACAAACCCCAGAUCUUGAUUUCGCGUGCGGACAACGAUUCCAUUUCCAUAGAGGCCGAUGUAGAUGAAUGGCCGUCGACGCCAGUGAAGUCGCCUACAAGACGUGUGCGCCGCGUCAAGGCAUCCCCAUCUCCCCGAACUGCAAGUCCAGCGAGCAGCGACGGUGUGCGGCCGCUGCCGACCACAGACGAAGAUGGGGAUGAGGUGGAUGAGAACAAGACUCCGGUGAACAAAAAGACGCAUGCUCUCAAAGGGUCACUCCUCCCCCCCAAUACCAAUCCCAACGCCAACACGCUGAGCUCCACUCGUUUGGACGGCUGCGAUGCUGUCCCCUCGUCCACAGAAGGCGAGUUUGUUGUUUCGCCAAGUCUGGGCAAGAGUCCCUCCCUUUCGGCAUCGGCCAAUGCCCGUAAUCUUUCUCCGAUGUGCUCGCCCAGAAGCUGCCUGUCGUCGCCACUUUUGGACAGCACCACCAGCUCCGAGCGCCGACAACUGAUGCCCGGGGCAGCACUCCGCAAAGCCAACUCGUCGCCGGCAGGCAGCGAGGCCAGUUCCACAAGCGGAUUCACAAACCCUAGGCGAGGCGCUGGCACUAGUGCCAGUGGCAGUGCUCGCAGCAUCUCCCGCUGCUCAAACUCCAGCGAGUUCAGCCAUCGCGAUGGAAAGCUGCUGCCACUGAAAGUGACCCACACGAGCCUCUGCUGGGGUAGCACCAAGCUGAGAACGGACAUGAGAAAGUCCUUGCAGGUGAAGAAUACGGCCGAUAAGCGGCUCGUCGUACGCUUAGGCAUCCAGGGGCCCGGCUUUCAGCUGGUCGGCACCGACAGCAGCACCAUUACCCUCCAGGCCAUGGAGUGCCGAAGCAUUGUGAUUAAUUUCUGCCCCACCGUUUGUGGAGCGGCCAUUGGAGCAGUGUCCUUCUAUGCUCCGCUGGGCGCAAACAGCACCCAGCCCGGAAUGGAAAUCCCUUUGUAUGGCUACGGCGGAAAUGCAUCUAUUUCGAUUCAGGGCUUGCUCAAGGGCCCGGUGGGUGCCAGCUUCCUCACCAUCGGAGACGUCUGCGAGCUCUCCUCCGGUCCACUUACGGCCAGUUUUAAAUUUCUGAAUAAGGGACCGCUGACUGCCUUCGUGGGCAUCUCUGUGGACUCCACAGUGCUGAUGAAGCUGCGUCUGAGCGAAGCGUUCGAGGUGCGUCCCAGCAAGUUAAUUCUACCGCCCCAUACCGAGAGCACGGUGCAAGUUAUAUUCCGUCCGAAUCGCGAGGAUAUGAAGAACAUAUUGAAGAAGACCUCGCAGGUGGUGACGCUGGCCAACAUGCGGAUCUUCUGCGGUGACGAGCCUAACAGGCAGAGAAUGCGCCAUCUGGUACAUCGCAUGAGCGGUAGGCAGCGUGAGAAGCUGACCUCCGCAAUGCUGGACAGCAUAUGGAGUCCUUUUCCAGAUGAGCAACCUGUGAGGAACAUCAGCCAGCUGAAUGAGCCUCCCGAGUUCAUACUGGAUCUGGUCACUGUCGUGAAGAUCAUCGACGUAGCCUUGACACUGAAUCGUGAUUUUGAUGAGUCUGCCGAGACCUCGCUCUUGUUCCUACCAGAGGCCGAGGAAACUGUCUUGUUCCGCACGAUCUGUGCCGCCAACUCUCCCACUCCAACACAAAGCAAUAUGCUGGAGCCUGUCGAUGAGCUGCAUGAGGCUGAUACCACCACAAUGCUACCCGUGGAGAGAAACUGGUCCGUUCAGCCUGCUUCAAUUGAGUUGGGUGCUGGAACCAUCGCAAAACUAUCCAUAAAGAACUGCUUCCGCUCGGGGCAGCUCAUCGAAGUCCACUGCAAUGUAUCAGACUUUGUACAGAUCAGUCCCAGGGAAUGUUAUAUUGCACCUGAUGGUGGAGAAGUAGAGAUUAAAGUUCGCCUAUUGAGUUCCCCAAGACGUGAAGGGCGUGGGAAGGAGCCGCUUAUUAUUGUUUCUAUGGAGAACGAGCGCAUAAACGUGCCAGUUAGUAUUAAGCUUUAAAUUCAUUUGUGUAUCUUUUAAUUCCGUUUGCCUUUUAUGUUCAAUGUUUAAUGUUAACUUUUUUAAAUAAAUUCCUAUUUUUUGAAUAAAACCUGAA